CUCACUCACUCCUUUUUUUCCAACAAGCCUCGCCUUUCUUCCAUUCCGUUUGCCUGCUGCUUGCUCCCUUCGGCUCGGUCCUUCACUCCUUCCCCCCCUGCUUUCCCUCCGUUCCCAGUUCAAAGUACCAGCAGCAGCAGCCACGUUUUUCCCAACCCACGCCCCGUGCUCGCCGGCAUCACCACGCGCCGAGUUCUAGGCGCCGCUCGCAUGGCGAAGCUGGCGUCGUCCUCCGGCCUUGCGCUCGACUUCCUGCGCCGCCUCCUCUGCGCCCGCGGCGCCGGCAACGCCGACGAUCCCGUCGCCGCCGCGCCCCGCCACCUGCCCACGCCGGAAACGGAGCCGAGGAGCCCCUGCAUUGUGGCCAGGCUCAUGGGCCUGGACGCGAUGCCGGCCGAGUCGCCGCACGCCCAGCCCACGCCGCCGCUGCCGCUGCGGCGGAGCCGCUCCGCGAGCUCCGCGGAGGGGUCGCCGAGACCGAGCCCCUGGGACGCGCAGCAGCAGCAGCCGCGGGUGGUCCGGGCGUCCGCGUCGCUGAGGGAGAAGCCGGCGUACCUCAUGCAGGAGAGCGACGAGUUCCUGCUCCUCAGCUUCAGCCCCGAGGGCCACCGCGGGCGCGACGUCAGGGAGGAGCUCGAGUUCUUGCUCGCCGCCGCGGAGCCGACGGGACGUGGGGAAGGAACACCGGACAGGGCCCCGAAACAGAGGAGGAACGGGUACUGCCGCAAGCUGCUGUUCGGAGACGACGAGGCGGGGUCCUCCUCGGGCCGCCGCAGGAGGAUGCCGGCGGCGGAGUGCGACGCGCAGAACUCGAGCCCGGUGUCGGUGCUCGAGGUGAGGGAUGCGCAGGAGGAGGAGUCCACCACCACCACCUCGUCGUCCUUGGAAGAGGUGGAGCACGCAGAGCCCUGCUCGGCUACCUCAGAUGAAGUUCAGAAAACAUUGGAACAGCAGAACUCGAGGAAGCUGCAUGCUGAUUUCGACCAGUUCGAUAAUCUGUCUCCCCCGAGAAGCUCUUGCCAUGCCUCCUCAAAAAGUUCAGAUAGGGAGAGGAACAGGAGAGUCGUGAACAAGGCUGAGGUGAUCGCGCCAGAUGUCACUGGCAUCUGGCAACCCAUUUGCAGACUGGUCGAGGAAGAUCUGAAGAACAUGAAAUGGUCGGUACAUGAUGGCGCAAAUGUCGUCGCCGAGAUGGAGUCAGGCAUCCUUGAUCACCUGAUACGUGAAAUGGUGGAUGAAUUCGUGCAGGGAAGGUCUGGAACUGUACAUGCUUUCCCCCUCCGAUCCAAGAAACAAUUGGGUUGCAAAAGUUUUCAGACAAGACAAGCAAUUGGAUGCUACUGAACAAGGAUGGACUGAUGUAGUCCUUAGUCGCUC